CGCACCUGUCCCGGCGGCAGUCGACUCCGAGCGGUCCGACUGAGCGGACGGGUGGUCCGAGCGCGGCGCCGACAGAGCAGUGACGUGCCGCGGAGGGACCGCAGAGGACAGACAGCCACCGCAGCGCGGCCCAAUGACGGCCGAUAAGGAGAAGAGCAAUGGCGCGGCCGUGGAGGCGCCGGUGGCCGAGCACCACGAGCGCGGCGAGUGGGGCUCCCAGUGCGACUUCAUGCUCAGCUGCAUCGGCUACGCGGUCGGCCUGGGAAACGUCUGGCGCUUCCCCUACCUCUGCUACAAGAACGGCGGAGGCGCGUUUCUGAUCCCGUACGUGCUGAUGCUGCUGCUGGCUGGCCUGCCGCUGUUCUGCCUGGAGCUCACCAUCGGCCAGUAUGCCAGCCUCGGGCCCAACAAGCUGUUCCAGAAGCUGGCGCCGCUGUUCUCAGGUCUCGGCUACGGUAUGCUGGUGAUCUCGUUCCUGGUCGUGUGCUACUACAACCUCAUCAUCGCGUGGACCAUCUUCUACACGGCUGCCUCGUUUACCUCGCAGCUCGGCUGGUCCACCUGCUCCAGCGAGUACAACACCCAGAACUGCUUCACGGUGGCUGAGGAGCAGCACUGCCUCAACGUCAGCGGCAACACCGAGAUGUUCUGGAACAAAACCUGCUACCCAAUCAGCGACUACUGCGAAAACUUUAAGUUCACGCUCAUCAACGAGACUCACUGCAUGAACAGCACCAACAGCAGCAUCAUCAAGAGCUAUGACGACAUCGGCAACCGCAUCAGCGCCAGCGAGGACUACUACACGAACUACAUGUUGGGCCUGGGGGACCACGACUGGUCCGACUUCGGCGGUCUCAAGUGGGACCUGGCGCUGUGCCUGCUGGCCGCCUGGCUGAUAGUGGGCCUGUGCCUCAUCAAGGGCGUCCAGAGCUCCGGCAAGGUGGUCUACUUCACCGCACUGUUCCCCUACUUCGUGCUCUUCAUCCUGCUGAUCCGAGGGGCCACGCUGGACGGCGCCCUGGACGGAGUCAAGUUUUACAUCACGCCGAAUGUGACUCGGCUGGGGGACGCCGGCGUGUGGGCCGACGCCGCCACGCAGAUCUUCUACUCGCUCGGGCCCAGCUUCGGCGGCCUGAUCACACUGGCCAGUUACAACCGCUUCAAAAACAACUGUAUGAGGGACGCCAUCGUGGUAGCCUUCACCAACUGUACCACCUCUGUGUUCGCCGGAUUCGUCGUCUUCUCCAUCCUCGGAUUCAUGGCCAAACAGCUCGGUAAGGAGGUGAAGGACGUGAUCGCCUCCGGCCAGGGCCUGGCCUUUAUCGCCUACCCGGAGGCGGUGGUACAUAUGCCCAUCUCGCCGCUCUGGGCCAUCCUCUUCUUCGCCAUGCUGAUCACACUGGGCCUGGACUCGCAGUUCACCAUGACGGAGACGCUGACGACGGCGCUGUUUGACGAGUGGCCGCAGCUGCGCAGCAGGAAAGCCGCCGUGGUGAUGGGCACCUCCGUCAUCGGCUUCAUCCUCGGCCUCAGCAUGACUGCCAACGGCGGCAUCCUGAUGUUCACGCUGAUCGACUGGUACGCCAGCUCGUGGUCGCUGCUGCUGCUGGCGCUGAUCGAGGUCGUGCUCGUGGCCUGGCUGUACGGCGCCGAAGACCUGCUCGAGAAGAUGCAGACCGAGAUGGAGAUCCCGAUCCCCAGGUUCCUCUACUACUACUGGUUCGUCAUGUGGAAGUUCGUGACACCGCUGGUUCUCUUCCUCAUCACGAUCAUGACGUUCGUGCAGUACGAGCCGGCCUCGUACGGCUCGGGGCCCUCCAAGAUCGAGUUCCCGCCCUGGGUGAACCUGCUCGGCUGGCUCAUGGCCGCCACUCCCAUUGUCAUCGUGAUCGGCGUCGGCAUCUACGUCUACCACAAGAAGGUCCGGAGCGGAGAGGGAUACUCCUGGAUGGACCUGCUGCGCCCGACGGACGAGUGGUGCCCCGCCUCGGAGCGGUCCAAGAUCCAGAUGCCCACCAACGGCUCCAUGAAGGACCGGUCGGGCGCCGAGAACCCCAGCUUCGUGCCGGAAAAGUGAGCGCCGCCGGCGGCCACCGCGGCCGGAGCGGGCGGCGCGCGCGGCCGCCCAGCUGGGACCCCGGACUGCGCGACCGGCCGCCCCAGCUGGGACCCCGGGCCCGCGACCGGCGGGUGGGCGGCCGCCUCAGCUGGGACCCCGGGCUGCGCGACCGGCGGGCGGCCGCCAACCUGACGUCGUGAACACGACGCUCCAGACUUCGUCCCACUCCGUCCGAGCCACGCGGUUAAUUCCGUCCGGAUCGCAGGGCGCCCCAUUGUACUCGGUCCGGGACGACACUGCGCCCCAUUGUUCUCGGUCCGGGACGACACUGCGCCCCAUUGUUCUCGGUCCGGGACGACACUGCGCCCCAUUGUGCUUUGUCCGGGCCUUAGGGCGCCCUAGUGUACUCCGUGCGGCAGAAGAGCGUCGCGUUUUAUUCCGUCCGGGCCGACACUGCGCAAUCGGCUCAGUUCUGCUCGGCGUUGCUCAGCGUUGCUCUCAGUCCCUCGUCGUCCCGUGAGCAGCCGAACCGCGCGGACGGCGCGGUCCCAUCACGCUCAGCCCAGUACGACGAGCUGUGAUCCUUUUACACGUAAUCGAGUGUAUCGUCUCGCCCCGGCGCUGCUCCGUGGGGCGGAGGGGGGCGGAGGGGGGGCCGUCUGAGCGACUGGGCCGACUCUCCGCGCGUGUUGGUCGGCCGCGCGGGUACCGACGAGUGCCAGUGCAUCCUGUAGCUGAUCAGGUCAUAUUGCACAACUGCAAUAUGACCUGAUAUUGCACAACUGCAAGUUCUGUGCUUGAUAGUGUUUGACUAGUGUCGACGAGUAUUUUAGAGCGAUUUAUGGCACCGGUGACGGGUGCGACGACAGUAGUGAUAGAGCGUGCAUCCCCAUGUUAAUCGUCCAUUCAUUCAUUGCGCUGGCGCUGCGUUUGACCACGCCGGCGCAGCGGCCGCGCUGUUCGCGACUCGGUGACACGUCGGCAGCGAUCUGUAAACGGUGCCGCCCUCGGACAACAGAGUUCACCUGAUUAUCGAGUUCCGUUCAGCUGACCGGCGCCUCCACCGCAUUAUGUCGCUGCAUGGACACGCGCCUCUCUUUCCAUGAUAUUGAUUAUUGAUUCUGUCCUCAGCGGUUUUUGCGUAACACGCGUCCUUUUAGCGCGGUGACGUUUUUAUCACGGAUGAAUGUAGGUUCAGAAUCCGUCCGCCUUAGAUAGCUCGAGGUUACGAGGUUUUAUAUACGCCCGCGAUUCAAGUAUCCCAUGCAGAUAUAUUUUUCAGGGGAUGUAGAUUGCGGCCGACACGCCAUGUCCCUUCAGGGACGGCGCCCGGCUGACCCCCAGUUUCCAUCCAUCGCUCCAUAAUACUAACGCUCUGCUGAAGUCUGAAUCUGCUCGACCUCUUACAAUCGUGUUCGUACCUCGGCUGACCUUCUCUGUCUGUGUUGUAUAUUAUCAGUGCAAAAGAACAAUACAUGUGCUACGACGAAU